CCCACUUCCGGCGCCAGACACUGUUUCCAACACAGGCUACCAAGCUGACGGACCGAUUAGCUAGGCCAUAAGCACUAUGGGGUUUGGCUGGAUCUGCGGGCGGAGGAUGCGCUGGGGGUUGCCUUUCGGCGGCGCCGCGCUGCUCCUGCUGCUCCUCCCGGCGGCCGUGGGGCAGAGUUCUCCCGGAGUGGCUUGUUCCCAGAACACAAACAGGACCUGUCAAGAGUGCCUGAAAAAUGUCUCUUGCCUUUGGUGCAACACUGAUAACACGUGCCUGGACUACCCAGUGACAAAAAUCUUGCCACCUGCUUCUCUGUGUAAGCUGAGCUCUGCACGCUGGGGCGUGUGCUGGGUGAAUUUUGAGGCGUUGAUUAUCGCCAUGUCGGUGAUUGGGGGCCUCGUCCUCCUGGCGGUCGCCGUGUGCUGCUGCUACUGCUGCUGUGGGAAGAAGAGGAGCCGGAAGCCAGACAAGAGCGAGGAGAAGGCCAUGAGGGAGCAAGAAGAGAGGAGGAUCCGGCAGGAGGAAAGGAGAGCAGAGAUGAAGUCAAGGCACGAUGAAAUCAGGAAAAAAUAUGGUUUGUUUAAAGAAGAAAACCCAUAUGCCAGAUUUGAAAACAACUAGAAAACACUUCCUGCCGUGUCCAGCAGUCCCAAAGCCACUCCUGGGGACAGCCCUCUGCCGACCCAGCUGCCUCCUGACCUUGACGAAGCGAGCAUGGCACAGCCGCCCUGAAGGUGGCCUUGUUUUUGUCCUGUGAGCUUCUGUGCCCUUUUCUAUUUCUGUAUUUAGUCACUCGAG